AUGUCUGGACACCCUUUGCACCAAGCGUGCAUGGAAAAUGACUUUGUCAAAGUACAAGAACUGCUUCAUUGCAAACCUUCGUUGCUGCUAGAGAAGGACCUGGAUGGCAGGAUCCCGCUACACUGGUCGGUUUCCUUCCAAGCACACGAAAUCACUAGUUUUUUGAUUUCUAAAAUGGAAGAUGUGAAUCUGGAUGAUUAUCCAGACGAAUCUGGAUGGACGCCAUUCCAUAUUGCCUGCUCAGUCGGAAAUUUAGACGUGGUGAAAUCUCUAUACGAUAGACCUAUCAAACCGGAUUUGAAUAAGGUCACCAACCAAGGCGUCACAUGCCUACAUUUGGCAGUUGGUAAAAAAUGGUUUGAAGUGUCCAAAUUCUUAAUUGAUAAUGGCGCCUCCGUGAGAAUCAAAGACAAGUUCAAUCAAAUCCCACUACACAGAGCCGCAUCCGUGGGCUCUUUAAGAUUGAUUGAGUUGCUAUGUGAUGUGGGCAAAAGCCCUGUGAAUUGGGCCGAUAAGCAAGGUUGGACUCCAAUAUUCCACGCUUUAGCUGAGGGGAAUGGUGACGCUGCCGUAUUGUUAGUAGAAAAGUAUAACGCCGAGUACGAUCUUGUGGAUAAUAAAGGCGUUAAGGCAGAAGAUGUUGCCCUCAAUGAACAAGUUAAAAAGUUUUUCCUAAAUAAUGUAUAA